GUGAGUUUCCCCUCUUCACCAAAAAAUGUUGUCGCUUCCUCUCCUAAGGAACAUUUCUGCAAUCGUUCAUGUAACUUCACCGAAAAUCACCCCCUCUUCUUCCUUCAUCAAAAUGCAGACAACCAGACUAUCGUCAGCCAAAGGGCAGACAUACCCAUCUGAUGAAAGGGAAAACCCAGGUUCUGAGACAGCAACUGAUGAUUGUUCGAAGAAAGUUCGCGUCUUCGUUAGGAGAAAGAGAGCCACGAAAACUGUCCUAACCACAGUUGAGAAGGGUAAGCAUGAGAUUCUUGAUCAGAAGCCUUGCAGUCUACCCGAAAUUGAAGAUUUUGCAUAUGGAAAGGACAGCAGUUUCCCGCCUUCGACACACACACCUGCCAACUGGGAAAAGGUCCUUGAAGGUAUCCGCACAAUGAGGUCUUCUGAAAAUGCACCUGUAGACUCAAUGGGGUGUGAAAAAGCUGGAAGUUCCCUUCCUCCUAAGGAAAGAAGAUUUGCAGUUCUUGUAUCUUCACUCUUGUCAAGCCAAACAAAGGAUCAUGUUACUCAUGGAGCUAUUCAGCGGCUUCUUCAAAACAAUUUGCUUACAGCAGAAGCCAUUGAGCAAGCCGAUGAAGGUACAAUAAAGGACUUAAUUUAUCCAGUAGGAUUCUACUCAAGAAAAGCAAGCAACAUGAAAAAAAUUGCAAAAAUUUGUCUGUCGAAGUAUGAUGGAGAUAUUCCCAGUACACUAGAAGGAUUGCUUCAGCUUCCAGGCAUUGGCCCCAAAAUGGCUCAUCUGGUCAUGAAUGUGGGGUGGAAUAAUGUUCAAGGAAUAUGCGUCGACACACAUGUGCACCGGAUCUGUAAUCGGCUUGGAUGGGUUUCACGUCCCGGCACUAAGCAGAAAACUUCAACUCCAGAGGAGACUAGAGAGUCCUUGCAGCUAUGGCUUCCUAAGGAGGAAUGGGUACCGAUCAAUCCCCUCCUGGUAGGUUUCGGGCAAACUAUAUGCACUCCUCUUAGACCUCGUUGUGGCAUAUGCACGAUAAGUGGAUUUUGCCCGUCAGCAUUUAAAGAGACCCCUAGCCCGUCAUCCACACCUAAGAAGUCUCAGCGUUCAUAGAGCCGUUGCUCUGAGGACACACAUGGAUCGUUGUACGUCUUCAACAUCCCCGUCGUCUGGAAAUUCAUGCCAGAGAAUGGUUGAUGAAGUUGGAGUUACAUUUUCCUCUCUUGUCAGGUGCUUUUGUAAUAGUAUGUGUUUUGAGAGGAGUUAUGCUAAGUUGUUCAUGAAAUGUUUACAUAUAUAGUGAUAUCAAUCUUUCCACCAAUGUCUAUAACAAAAUAUGGACGUUCUUAUUACCAGCAUGUGCUGUAUGGACAAGUUUUUCACGAGAUCGUUCAUGUCCUGUCUUUAUUCAUUCUUAA